UGUUCAGAAUGUGGAAAAUGUUUUGCUGAAAAACAACAAUUGGUUAUACAUCAAAGAUGUCAUACAGGGGAGAAGCCAUUUUUAUGUUCAGAAUGUGGGAGAUAUUAUAGAUAUGAACAAGAACUUGUUAGACAUCAAAGAACACACACAGGGGAGAAGCCAUUUCCUUGUCCAGAAUGUGGCAAAUGUUUUGCUUUAAAAAAAUAUCUAGUUACACAUCAAAGAACGCACACCGGGGAGAAGCCAUUUUCAUGUUCAGAAUGUGGGAAAUGUUUUGCUAUAAAAAAAGAUCUUGUUGGACAUCUGAGAAUUCACACAGGGGAGAAGCCAUUUUCAUGUUCAGAAUGUGGGAAAUGUUUUACUAUAAAAAAAGAUCUUGUUGGACAUCUGAGAAUUCACACAGGGGAGAAGCCAUUUUCAUGUUCAGAAUGUGGGAAAUGUUUUGCUAUAAAAAAAGAUCUUGUUGGACAUCUGAGAAUUCACACAGGGGAGAAGCCAUUUUCAUGUUUAGAAUGUGGGAAAUUAUUUGCUUUUAAAAGAUAUCUUGUUAGACAUCAAAGAACACACACAGGGGAGAAGCCAUAUACAUGUUCAGAAUGUGGAAAAUGUGUUAACAGUAAAUCAGAUCUUGUUAAACAUCAGAGAAUUCACACUGGAGAGAAGCCAUAUUCAUGUUCAGAAUGUGGGAAAAGUUUUAGUAUUAAAUCAAAUCUUGUUGCACAUCAGAGAAUUCACAUAGGGGAGAAGCCACAAUUAUGA